AUAUGUACCAACUGAGAUACAUUUGAGUGGAACCAAACAACCCUGAUUGAAGGUCUCCACCUAGCUAACCAGUACACUUCAUUUCGCCGACGCCAUGGCUGAAAAGCUUGCAACGUCGACGCAGUUUCCCCCUCACGUCCUCCUCUUCCCUUUCCCAUUCCAAGGCCACAUAACUCCCAUGCUCCACCUCGCCGAGCUUCUCAGCCUCGGCGGCCUCCACGUCACGUUCAUCAACACCGUCCACAACCACAAACGCCUCUUAAGCAACGCCGACUUCCGGUCCCAUUUCAGCCGCCGGUACACCGGGUUCCGUUUCGAGUCCAUCUCCGACGGCCUUCCCGACGACCAACCGCGGUCGGAGGAGAAGCGGUUGUUGGAUGUUCAUGCUUCUUUGAGAGCCAGUGCGAAACCCGCUCUUAAAGAGUUGAUCAGUUCCGGUGGGGUGGCUAGCGGCGGUAGAGGGGCGGUGAGUUGUGUGAUAGCUGACGGAAUUCUGGGAUUCGUACGUGAAGUAGCUGAAGAUUUAGGCAUUCCCGUGAUUUACUUCCGCACCGUUUGUGCAUCUGCGGUUUGGACUUUCUUCUCCAUCCCUAAUUUAAUUCAAGCCAAAGAGCUCCCCUUCCAAGGAAACGACUUGGACAAGCCGGUGGGCAGCGUGGAGGGCAUGGAAGAUUUCCUCCGACGCGGCGAUCUACCCAGUUUUUGCCGAGUGGACGAUUUAUCGGCGCCGAGUUUCCAGUUCGUCCUGUCGGAGACAAGACAUCCUAAAACCAUCGGGUUAAUACUCAACACGUUUGAGGAUCUGGAAAAACCCAUGCUCGAUCAUAUUCGGGCCCGGGUUCCAAACCUGUACGCCAUCGGGCCAUUCCACGCCCACUUGCGGGCCAAACUCGAAGCCCAAUCAAUCAAACAGUAUAUUAAUCUGCAAGAAGAAGAAGACAGGAGCUGCAUGGAAUGGCUCGACCGACAGCCCGACAAGUCGGUUAUUUACGUCAGCCUUGGAAGUUUAAUAACCGUUUCAAGGGAAACGCUCACGGAGCUCUGGCACGGCCUUCUCAACAGCGGACAGCGGUUCUUGUGGGUGAUCCGCCGCGGCUCCGUCACCGACGACGACGGAGGGGAGAAAUUCGUGGCGGAAAUCAAGGAGAAGAUCACAAAAACCACCGCUUAUAUUGUGGGCUGGGCGCCGCAAAAAGAGGCCUUAUCGCACCGGGCCGUGGGCGGGUUCUUGACUCACAGCGGGUGGAACUCGACCCUCGAGAGUAUAAUUUGCGGAGUGCCCAUGAUUUGCUGGCCGCACUUCGCGGACCAACCCGUGAAUGCCAGGAUGGUUGAAACGGUUUGGAAGCUCGGCGUGACCAUAAAGAGCUCAUGCGAUCGAGUCGAUAUCGAGAAGAAAAUAAGAGAUUUGAUGGAAGUGAGGAAAGAUGAGUUCUUAGAAAGGGCAGAGAAGAUGGCAAAUUUGGCAAAACAAAGUGUUAGCAAAGGUGGUUCUUCUUGGUGUUAUUUGGACAGGUUGAUUAAGGACAUAAGUUGUAUGGCAGCUCAGAAAAGUAUAUAGUGCAUGAAACUGCUGAAUUUAUAUGAUGUUUUUUUCCCAAAACAUCAUUUUCAAAAAUAAAUUAAUAAUUUCUACUUU